GUCACAUGACACGCUUCCUGUCAAGAUGGCGGAUAAUCUCCCUUCGGACUUUGAUGUGAUCGUAAUAGGGACGGGUCUGCCUGAAUCCAUCAUUGCAGCUGCAUGUUCAAGGAGUGGCCAGAGGGUUCUGCAUGUUGAUUCAAGAAGCUACUAUGGAGGAAACUGGGCCAGUUUCAGCUUUUCAGGACUGUUGUCCUGGCUAAAGGACUAUCAGGAAAAUAGUGAUGUUGUGACUGAAAAUUCAAUGUGGCAAGAACAGAUCCUUGAAAACGAAGAAGCUAUUCUUCUUAGUAGCAAGGACCAAACAAUUCAACAUGUAGAAGUAUUUUGUUAUGCCAGUCAGGAUUUGCACAAAGAUGUUGAAGAAGCUGGUGCACUGCAGAAAAAUCAUGCUUCUGUGACAUCCACACACUCCACAGAGGCUGCAGAGGCUGCAGAGCCUGCUUGCCUUCCUACUGCAGAGGAGUCAUUAAGCACGGGGAGCUGUGAAAUACCUGCCGAACAAAGUCAGUGCAGUGGUCCAGAGAGUUCACCAGAAGGAAAUGAUGCUGAAGAAGCAGGAGAGAAGGAAACUCAGUGUGACGCUAAAAGUUCAACAGAAGAAUCAAGUGAAAAUGUGCUUAAAGUACAAGACAACAUAGAGACACCAAAGAAAAAUAGAAUUACUUAUUCACAGAUUAUUAAAGAAGGCAGAAGAUUUAACAUUGAUUUAGUUUCAAAACUUCUCUAUUCUCGGGGAUUACUAAUUGAUCUUCUAAUCAAAUCAAAUGUUAGUCGAUAUGCAGAGUUUAAAAAUAUUACGAGGAUUCUUGCAUUUCGAGAAGGAACUGUGGAACAGGUUCCCUGUUCCAGAGCAGAUGUCUUCAAUAGCAAGCAACUUAGUAUGGUAGAAAAGCGAAUGCUUAUGAAAUUUCUUACAUUUUGUAUGGAAUAUGAAGACCAUCCUGAUGAGUACAAAGCAUAUGAGGAAACUACAUUUUCUGAAUACUUAAAGACUCAAAAAUUAACCCCCAACCUACAGUACUUUGUCCUGCACUCAAUUGCAAUGACAUCAGAGACAACAAGCUCUACUGUAGAUGGUCUCAAAGCUACUAAAAAGUUUCUUCAAUGUCUUGGGCGGUAUGGCAACACUCCUUUUCUGUUUCCUUUAUAUGGCCAAGGAGAACUUCCACAGUGUUUCUGCAGAAUGUGUGCUGUGUUUGGUGGAAUCUAUUGUCUUCGCCAUUCUGUACAGUGCCUUGUAGUGGACAAAGAAUCCGGAAAAUGUAAAGCAAUGAUAGAUCAAUUUGGUCAAAGGAUAAUCUCUAAACAUUUCGUGAUUGAAGAUAGUUACCUUCCUGAGAAUACAUGUUCCCGUGUACAGUACAGGCAAAUUUCCAGGGCAGUCCUGAUUACAGAUGGAUCUGUACUAAAAACGGAUUCAGAUCAACAGGUCUCCAUUUUGACGGUGCCAGCAGAAGAGCCAGGAGGUUUUGCUGUUCGAGUCAUUGAGUUAUGCUCUUCAACCAUGACAUGUAUGAAAGGCACAUAUUUGGUACAUUUGACUUGCAUGUCUUCUAAAACAGCAAGAGAAGACUUGGAACGAGUAGUCCAGAAAUUAUUUGCUCCAUAUACAGAAAUAGAAGCAGAGAAAGAACGGGUUGAAAAGCCAAGAAUUCUUUGGGCACUCUACUUCAAUAUGAGAGACUCUUCUGAUAUCAGCAGAGAUUGUUAUGAUUUACCGUCCAAUGUCUAUGUGUGCUCUGGCCCUGACUGUGGUCUAGGAAAUGAUAAUGCAGUCAAACAGGCGGAAACACUUUUCCAGCGAAUCUGCCCAAAUGAAGACUUCUGUCCAGCCCCGCCAAAUCCUGAAGAUAUUAUUCUUGAUGGAGACAGCUCACAACAAGAAGUUUCAGAAUCCAGUGUCAUAUCAGAAACCAACUCAGAGAUUCCCAAAGAAAGUACAGUCCUAGGAAACCCAGAAGAGCCCUCUGAAUAGUGGAUGUGCAUCAGACUUAAGAUCCUACUUUGAAAAUUCCUCGUCUUCACAGUCUUCUUGAUAGAAGGGAUAUUUGAAAUCUUUUAAAAAGCAACAACCAAUUUAUUAGGAAAAAUUAGAAGAAAUGAGUCCCAGAAAUCCAAAAAGGACUUUUCUUCAAAGAGGACAUUUUCAGAAACAUAAAACACUUAUAAAGCACAUUAACUAGCCUGUUUUAACAUACCAAACCUGGGAGAUUUGCAAGUGAAAAAAUAUAAAUGGACUGAUUCCCAGAAAUGUAGUUAUGAUGUGAAAGGGAUCCUAUGCAUCAUUAAUAAUUAUGUGGUGUUCACAUAAAUUUAUUUGCCAUUUGUGAUCUUUUUUGUUGAAAGCCACACCUGGAAAGUCAGCUCACAUACUUAUUUUGGUUAUUUGAAUUAUAUUUUCAAUCUGAGUAUGAUAUAACAGAUAAAAGCAUAUGUAAAUACGGUGGAGUAUAUGAACUAUCCAAGAGCCUAUAUUUGGAGUAAAAGUUGGUUUUAUUUUCUAUGUUAAAAACUGAAUAUGUUAAUACUAAGGUGUUUAGACAUUUUGCUAAUUUUAAUUUCUUAGUAAUUAGUGAUUUGGAUAGAAAUCAUAUACACAUUGACCAAAAUUCAAAGAUGAAGAAAUAGAAGAAUACAAGCAAACACUGGAUAGGAUGAUUCAACUGAAACAUUAACUUCUUAUACACAGAACUAAUUUGAUCAUUGCUAUGCUACUCAAAAUAUUAGGCAAAUUGUUUAACUUCUUAUCUUCAGUUUCUCUAGAUAUCAAGGGAAACAUUAUGUCUACUAUAACAGCAGUCAUGAAUAUCAAUGCAGCACUAUCCUUAGAAUGGUUCUUCUGGAAAAGACUGUUUUGGAACUUUCCUGUUAAUUGAUCUGUGCAUAAAUAUCAAACCAGCCUGUCAUGAUCACAGUGUUAUAUUGAUUGCAGUAAAUGUUUAAUGCCAGUCUGUUUCCUAAACUCAUUAAUAACAGGUGGAAUGGUAGUUCUUGAAGUCCUAGAAUUACUUUAUAAAUUAAUGUUUCUCUUCUGGCAACUAAACCAUCAAGAACUGACGAGAGUGUAACAGUUAGUAACCUGUAAUAUACAUUUUACAUGAAAAAAAUGAGGGCUAUCCAUUGACAGAAAACCUAUUUGCAAUGCCUACAUUUAAAUGUCUCUAAGCUCUGAUGGUCUACUUUCUUCAAGCAAUAGUUUGGACCUAGAACUGCCUAUAAAUAAAUAAACAAUAAACCCAGUGCUUCCUAUGUGGGAGCCAUGGCUCCAAUGAAAAGCACAGAAUUCUCCAUGUGCAGCUGGUUCCUGACCUGGCGAGGUUUCAGAGCUGUUAAAGCUCCCAGCACAGAGUCAUAAGAAAUAUCAAAAUCCAAGGAAUGUAGCUCUUGCUGACCGCUGCAGAAUGAGUUGGAUUGAGAAAAUGGGAAAACUUUGCCAGACUCCCAGGCUGUUCCUCUCAGGCUACCUGCACCUCCCCACUGUACAGCCCUCUCCUCUGGAGUAUCCUUUCCUUUUUAUAAUGUCACACAAAUCAGGGACAGAAUCACCUACUUUAUAACCUACUUUGUCACAAAACUUCAGCUCUUCCAUCAGCUGUUAUUUCCUGAAGCCCACCUAGGGCAUGCACUAAAUGCCAAGUACGCUCCUGUAAUGCACCAGGUACUGGUCCUGCCUCUCCAUACCAGCAAUAUGAAAGUUUCUCUUAGAUGAGAACGUUAAGUUGGAAUACAAUCACAGUUAUGUCGCACCAGUAAAAAUGUUAUACUUUGUUGUAAUCUUAGAGUUAAGACCUCCUAAAUGCAGCAUGCACAUUUAUCUAAGGAGACUAUUAGGCUAGAUAGGGUUAGAAUAAUUAGAAUAACUAGACACCUUUGGACACUAUAGCUCUGUACAUUGUAGAACAACACAGAAACUAUUUUUUAUUUCAUGACCCAGAGCAUCCUGUAUCUUUUUUCAUCCUUUUGAUGUGAUCAGGAAAAAAAAUCUCUCUUCCAGGUCAUUUACUGAGUAUAUUUUUAAAAUGCUUUAAGCUCCUGAAAAUGAUUAAUGAUGCCUAAAAUACCACAAAAUUGUUUUCAAAAUUGUAGACAAUUAGACCUAUUUCUUGUUGCCUCAGAGUGUCAUACUAAACAUUUAUUUGAAGAGCGUUUUCUUUUGUUUUCUUAAUUAUUGCUUAAUACUUGUUUUUACCAUAUUAAGUUCAAAACAACACCAACAACAGACCUUAAGGUUGUGUUGUAAAACAAUGUCUAAAGUCAUAGGAAUAAAAUUGCUGUUUUAUAUAAUGCAAACAUUUCAGUAAUUUUAAAUUUUGAAGUUGCUGGUAUCAAAAAAUUUUUACUUGUUUGUUGAAAGUAUUUAAAUAUGCAUGCCUGUUUCUGGAAACCAAAAAUGGUAUCAUUAAUUUAAGUGAUAAGAUCUGAUAACUAAUCCUAUGUUGCUUUUGUAUAUUUUUUCUAGUUGGUGUGCCUGUCUAAGAAAGCAUAUAUAAUAAAUGUCAGUUUCUAUUUUUAUAUAAUAAAAUGGCCAUGGUCAUGGGUAACUUCUAGAAUAGUGGAUGUUUCUAAAAUAAUAUCCACAGUUGUAAUGUUAAUUGUUGAUAAUUAUUAACUUCUGGCAAGGUUUGUUUCUAGAAUUGUCUGCCCUAGUAUUGUUAUCUAGCUCCUAAUACUAGCAAUCAUUUAAAGGAAUUAAAAAAAAAAACAUUUUCUUGCAAAUACUUAUGUACUGCUACUGGUAUUGAAUAAUUUGUCUUUUGCUCAGUAAAUGUUCUUAUGUAUUUAAAAAGGCAUGAAUAUAUAAUAAUUUGCACACUGGAACAGGGAAUUUUCAGAGUAAAUAAAGACUUUUCAAUGCCUUUUCACUGUA